UUUAUUUCGACUUAGGCGCAAUUAGACACGCCCAUUCAGCCAAACAGCAAGCAACUGUUACUGUUCACAGGACCAAUGCUAAUUGAGAGAUUCGUAGGCCUAAUCAAUUGGGCGUGGCUGUGGCUUCAUAACUGUCAAUUAUCAAAUCGUCGCUGGUCGCUAUAAAAGCUCUUCAAGCUGCACACAACAAUGCAGAGUACUCUACGAAAAUGGUCGGAAAAUUAGGGAGAUACACGGAAACAAUGGCGACCAGUGAUAAGACCAUCAAGUUGAAAAAGUUUUUUCAAUUCGUAAACAUCUUUUACUUAUCCAUCGGCAUGGUAGCCUACGACACAGAGGAAUGGAACAACAGACACACGCCAGAGGUGCGCAAGUGGACAAGUCGCCUGUUGAGCUGGAUUUUCAUUUGCCAAGUGCUAAAUCUGAAUUUGGUGCUCAUCUCGGAACUGAUCUAUGUGGGAUUAGCAUUUGCCAGCGCCAACAAUUUCUUGGAGGCCACCAUGAAUCUCUGUUUCAUUGGAUAUGUGGUUAUUGGUGUAAUCAAAAUACGUGACAUUUGGUCUCAGCGAUCUCAGCUGACGCUCGUUGUCGCUCAACUACAGCGACUACAUCCAACGAAUGCGGGAGAACAGGGCGAAUACUUAAUGGAUAAAUAUCUGCGCGAUUAUCGAAAAGUUAGCAUCUUCUAUUUCUCGAUGUAUCUGGUGCUCAUUUGGAUCUACAACUUGUAUUGGGUCUUCUACUAUUUGGUCUACGAUUUUUGGCUUGGCAUACGCACCUUUAAGCGCAUGCUACCCUAUUACUGCUGGACACCAUGGGAUUGGAGCACCAAUUGGAGUUAUUACGUCAUGUAUUUUUCACAGAAUUUGGCUGGACAAACGUGUGUCUCAGGUCAACUGGCUGCGGAUAUGUUUAUGUGUGCUCUGGUCACACUGCUAGUCAUGCAUUUUAAACGCCUGGCCACACAGAUCGAACAGCAUGUGGCUGGGCAGCAGUCGCCAGCAAAAGAUCUUACCUUUCUACAAAAGAACAUCGUCUAUCAUCAACGUUUGCUUGUACUUUGCGAGGAUGUCAAUCAAAUCUUUGGCAUCUCAUUGUUUUGCAACUUUGCCAGCUCAUCGUUUAUCAUUUGUUUUAUGAUCUUUCAAAUUACGAUUGGCGGCAACAUCGAUACGCUGGUGAUGCUGGCGUUUUUUCUCUUCUGCGCCAUGGUGCAGGUAUUCAUGAUUGGCAGCUACGCACAGCGUCUGAUUAACGCAAGCCAACAAAUCGGUCAAGCUGUAUACAAUCAUGACUGGUAUGGCGGUGAAUUGCGCUAUCGUCAAAUGUUGAUUCUUAUAAUCAAGCGUGCUCAACGUCCAAGCUAUCUCAAAGCCAGCAUAUUUUUAAAUGUUUCACUAAUAACUGUCACGGAUCUUUUGCAACUUUCAUACAAGUUUUUUGCCUUGUUACGCACUAUGUAUGCUAAGUAAAAAGAAUCAACAUAGUGACGUAGCUUUCAGCUUUCAGUCAUACUUCAUAGUGCAAG